GCCAUCGGAGGAGCUAUCAAUACAGGCCUCAUGGUUGGAGCCGGAAAUGCACUUUCACCCGUUGCUAUCAUCAUUUCCUAUACCGUUGUUGGCGUGUUGGUCUAUGCAGUGCUGUGUGCUCUUGGGGAGGUGGCUGCCGCUGGGCCCGUGCCAUCCACCGUCUUCGACCAUGCCGAACGAUUCUGCGACCCUGCUCUUGGGUUUACAUUGGGCUGGAUAUAUUGGUUGAAGUAUCUGGUGGUAAUGCCCAACCAGCUGACAGCUGCCGCAUUAAUCAUCUCAUAUUGGCUGGACGCCGAGUCCGUUAAUCCGGGGGUCUGGAUCACAGCGUUCCUGGCUCUCAUCAUUACUGCCAACUAUCUUGCUACACCUUUUUUUGGAAAAUUCGAAUUCUUUCUGUCUGCAUUCAAGGUUCUGGUGGUGCUUGGGCUGAUCAUAUUGUCUACCGUCCUUGUAUUCGGGGGUGGCCCGGAUCACAAUAUGAAAAUGUUUAGAUACUGGAAGAAUCCAGGGCCCUUUCCAUACAACGACACUGGAGUACUAGGGAAGAUCCGUGCCAUUUCUAGGACCAUGCCGUCCGCCACGUUCGCCUAUAUCGGUAGUGAACUCAUUGGGAUGAGCAUACUACACACCCCAGAUCCUCGCAGGACUGCAUCUCAAGCGAUCAGGCUAACCUUUUACCGAAUAUUUGUGUUCAACAUCCUCUGCGUCACGCUGGUCGGCAUGCUCAUACCUUAUGAUUCGGAGCUUUUAGCCUUUGCCCACGACGCCGUCAAACCAACCAUGGCUUCGGUCUUUGUCGUGGUAAUUCAACUGGCUAAAUUAAACGCACUCCCGAGCAUCUUGAAUGCGUGUAUUCUGAUAUUCGUAUUGUCAUCUGCCAACUACGGUCUUCACAUGUCAACUAAAACAAUCUAUGGGUUGUCGCGGGAUAAAAAUGCCCCUGCCUUUCUGUCUCGGACUGACCAGAGAGGAACUCCCGUCUACGCUCUCGGCGUAUGUUCCACCCUAGCAUCGUUGGCUUAUCUGAAUGUUUCCAGCAAUUCAAAAGCACUUUUUGGAUAUUUUGUCAACUUGGUCACCAUGUUCGGCCUUCUCACAUGGAUUUCAAUCCUCAUCACCCACAUCUCGUUUGUGCGAGCACUCAAAGCCCAGGGAGUACCUGACGAGGCUCUUACCUUUAGAGCACCAUUAGGGUCAUUUGGGUCAGGGGCAGCUCUAGUCUGUUGCUUUCUUGUUUCACUGAUGAGAGGCUUCGAAAUCAUCGACCAGGCUGCGAGUGGCAAAGGAUUCGACUAUACAAAUUUCAUCACCUCCUACCUAGGAAUUCCGUUAUACCUUUGCUUGGUUAUUGGAUACAAGCUUGUCACCAGAUGCAAGAGAAUCAAACCCAUCGAAGCUGAUUUGUGGAGCGAUCGAUCUGUCAUAGCCAUGGGAGUAGCAGAAGAAAAGGCCAGCAAACAGAAAGGCUUGAUAGAUAGAAUCAUCGGAGCAUGGCUGCUCUGA